GAAGAAAAAGGGGAGUAAGGGAAGUAUGUCGAGAUCGACCGAGGAACCCUCAACUUCGACGACGACAGCGGAGCCGCCCACAGCAAGAAGUAUGUAGCACAAAUAUAUAGGCGUGUGAACAUUUACAUUAUAUUGGUUCGGUUUAGUUUGAUGGUUUAUUUUACCUGACUGUUAACAUCAAGAAAGAAUGCAUGUCCUAAUGAGUAGGUAACUUAGGGAACUAACGGCAAAGGGAGUCUUGGUAAUGAGGAUUAAUUAUUACAAUAGAGCAACAGCACAUCGACUUGGUUUCGGAGCUAGGUCCUCCAGUUACGAGACCACUGCUUCAGCUGUCGGACCUCCUCCGUACCUAAGUGGAUGAGCUACAUGUAUGAAUAGUGAAUUCUAUACAGGGGCGGAUUAUUAUCUAUAUUUGAAUGGUUUGGUGUGCUAAGGCUUGAGAACCCGCCGAUUUUAGUUAGAGGGCCGUUUGAGUAUUUUAAAAUCAGAUCGAGUCGACUUGUACAAAAACUUGUUUGGACUAUUCACUAGUUUGAAUUUCUCUCCCCAUGAUCCCACACAAAUUCCUAGGCUGAGUUUAGUCCUACUCCAUUCCCAAUCGCGUACAUGUAUAUACCGUCUGCCAGUAGCUAUAGUAUAAGUGGGCGUGGCACUUUACAAGGGAACUUGAUCUUUACCCUAUGAUCAAAUCAGAGGCAAUUUUCAAUACCUUAUUGGGGUCUUUUGUAUAUCCCUUAGAAGUUAGGUUCGGAUAUGAAAUACGUGUACACAUGUAUAUUGUAAACCUUGUUCAUUACAUUGUAAAUUCACAUAUUAGUUUGAACUAUCAUAUUUUUAAUAAAGAUCACAUUGUUUUAGCUGAUGCUACACCCAACAGUAUAAUUGACGUCACUCUCGUUUUGUCCAUUUUAGAAUAACUCCUGGAACCCCGUAACAAAGAUAUAUCCGUCUCUCUCCUUUCUUCCCCGCUCUCUCUUCUUUCCCUCUCUCUCUCUCUCUCAUAUCCACUCCACCUACCCCACCUUAUACCUCUCGUAUAUAUAUAUAUUUACAUAUUAGGCGUAUAACAAUAUAUGUCAUAAUUUUCGUGUAUAAUACUGAUGGUGCAAAAUUCGAUACAAUUUCUUCAGUGAAUAACAUAAGCCAAGAAACCCUUUCAAAAUCAAGGGGAAAUACCGUACCAUAAAAUCUGUCUACGUGCAGUUGCAUUUGUGCUACUCACUUUAAUGAUGAAUUGAAAUAAUUUAGUAGUUCCGUCGGUGUGUUUUCACCGUAAAUUUUGACUUUUGUAAACCUCUAUUCAAGAUCAAAGUAACCAACUAUCAUAACGCUUAUUAUUCUCUCCGUGUCGGUAUUCAUUUUGCGAACGUCGAAAUCCCCAGAAAAUCACACAAUCACCUUGAGUCAUGUGACCGAUCAAAGGUCUAAAAAUGAAAUCAUGCACUACUUCAAUAAUCAAUGUCAGCCCGAUUUAGCAUUGUAGUGAUAUCAAUAUACAGGUGUAUUGUUAUAAUUCAAGUGGUAUUUCAGAAUUGGCAUUUCGGUAAAUCAUGAAGGCAAAGUCCCUUCGUGCUUUUUGUUCUCGCCACGGUUUCGGAAUAGCUAACCUCGAUAUUGGUUGUAUGUAACACAUUUAUGUGAUUAGAUUUAUUCGUCAAGGAUCAACGUAUUAGAUUUUUGAAGCGUCGUUGAAUCGUUAGUGAACACAUUAAGACCUGUCGAAGCGUCGUUGAAUCGUCAAUGAACAAAAUAUUGAACUUAAUUCGAUUUUGUUUUCGUCAUUGAUCAAAGUAUUGGGUUUGUUGAAGCUUCGUUGAAUCGUCAAUUAACACAUUUUGGACUUGCUGAAGUGCCGUUGAAUAGUCAGUGAACAAAAUAUUGGGAUUGUUGAUGAGUCGUUGAGUCGAGGAACAAUUAUUUACCGGCACAAUGGGGAAAUCAGCGUCAAAGACUGCAAUGGAGAAGUCGGCAAGAAAGAAGAAAAAGGAGAGUAAGGGAAGUAAGUCGAGAUCGACCGAGGAACCCCCAACUUCGACGACGACGACGACAGCGGAGCCGCCCACAGCAGGAACACCACAGACAAACAUUGAGACCUCCCAGCCAGCCGAUACCAACGUUCACCGCGAGAAUGUCGUCGAACCGAAGGAGCCACUCCAAAAUUUACUACCAGCCGUGAUCAUCGACAACGGAUCGUACUCGUGUAAAUACGGGUUUGCGGGAAAAUCAUCACCGGAUGGCGAAGUCCGAACCAUAGUCGGCAGACAUCAACAAAACGAAGAUGAUUCGUACGUCGGCAAUGAUGCCCUCAACAAGCGGAGUGUUCUAGACAUCAGUCAACCCAUUCAACGAGGUCUUGUGAAAAACUGGGAAGACAUGGAAACCGUUUGGGAGUUCAUCUACCGGCGCAAACUCCGAGUCAAACCCGAAUCAAGACCAGUCGUGCUCACCGAACCGGCAUUGAACCCGAAGGAAAAUCGAGAAAAAAUGAUUGAGAUCAUGUUCGAGAAGUUCGAGGUCCCGGCCUUUUACCUUGUCAAGCAAUCUAUGUGCGCCCUCUUCGCUUCGGAAGUAAUGACCGGUACCGUGAUUGACAUCGGUGACGGCAUCACGGACAUUGUACCAAUCUAUAACGCCGUGGUCGUUGACGGAUCCGUUCGUCGUCUCGAGCUCGCCGGCCGCGACAUCACCGAGUAUAUGAUGAAGAGUCCCGCUGCACGCGGGGAGAAAAUUACCUAUGAGAUCGCACAGACGAUGAAGACAAGCACAUGCGAGGUCGUCGCCGACUUCGAUGAGGUGACGCGUCUUCAGCGCGAAGGCCAGGACGUCCACCAUCUCUACGCCACAGAGGCUCUCUUCCAGCCCUCCAUCUUCGGCCGCAACCACCCAGGCAUCCACGCCACCACCAUCGACAGCAUCAUGGCCUGCGGGGAGGGGACCCGCGACCAAGUCGGGGCCAACGUCGUCCUCGUCGGCGGCUCCAGCGUCUUCCGCGGGUUCCACGACCGGUUGGAGCGGGAGCUGAUGGAGCUGGCUCCGCCUACAAUGCCGCUCCAGAUCCUGGACCGGCAGAAUAGGGAGAGUAUCGUCUGGGUGGGGGCAUCCAAGUUUGCCACACGUCCGGCAUUCAAUCAGCAAGCCAUCAGCAGCCAAGAAUAUUUCGAAGUCGGCCCGGAGAUCGUUCACCGCAAACCUUAAACAAAUGUUUUUAUUUCUAUAGUUAGCCUAAGUUUAUUUUGUUUUAAAGGAAGUAUUAAACCUAGGAAUAAUGUCUUUUAAAUGUUGAUAACGCCUGACUGGAAUGCUCCCCAGGGAAUGGAGAUUGUGCACACAGUGUGCGGGGGCA